AUGGCAGACAUGAAGAACGGAGUUUUUCGUCAUGACAACACCGAGGCUCCCAAGUCGGACCGUGUGAUGCCCCUCUUCUCCCUCAAGGGCCGGACCGCGAUCGUCUCGGGUGCUGGGGCGGGUAUUGGCCUUGCCGUGGCUCAUGCUUUGGCCGAGGCGGGUGCCAACGUGGCUAUCUGGUACAACAGCAACAAGCAGGCUCUGGCCGAGGCUGAGAGCAUUGAGAAAGAGUAUGGUGUCAAGUGCAAGGCUUAUCAAGUAAACGUCGUCUCGCCGGAAGCCGUGGACGAGGCCAUCAACGAAAUCGUCGGCGAGUUCGACGGCCGCCUGGACGUUUUCGUGGCCAACUCAGGGAUCGCCUGGACCGACGGCCCAUUCCUCGACGGCCCCGCAGAGAUGGCCCGCAAGGUCAUGUCCGUCAACGUCGACGGCGUCAUGUGGUGCGCCAAGAGCGCCGGCGCGCACUUCCGCCGGCAGAAGACCGAGGGCACGACGCUCGACGGCCGGCCGCUCGAGAACUUCCGGGCGGGCAGCUUCAUCGCCACGGCGUCCAUCAGCGGCAGCAUCGUCAAUGUGCCGCAGCUGCAGAGCGUGUACAAUGCCUCCAAGGCGGCUGUUAUCCACUUCUGCAAGAGUCUAGCUGUGGAGUGGACAGGUUUCGCGCGGUGCAACACAGUGUCGCCGGGCUACAUCAAGACGGAAAUUACACACUUUGCGCCAGAGGACAUAAAGGCACAAUGGAAGGGCAGGACAGUGAUGGGCCGAGAGGGUGAGGCGAGCGAGUUGAAGGGGGCGUAUCUGUACUUGGCUAGCGACGCUUCAUCAUACACGACUGGCCUGGACAUGAUUGUCGACGGUGGCUACACGUUGCCUUGA